UGGCGUUCAUUCCUAAACUCAAACUAAAAAGGUUGUACGUGUACCGGGCAAAAUGUGUAGUUCUAAUGGAAGACAAGCAAAACCCUUCUACGUGGAAAAGUAUAUGUUUAUAUUAGAGUUAGAAUCUUGAUCACUUGCCAAUGGUUGAGCCCAUUCAACCCUAUAGUCAAAUAGAACCUAUCCAAAACAUUGGAAUCAACGAAACAAACACAUGUACAUGCCUCUUUUUUGGGAGUGAUCAAAUGUUUGACCGACGAGUAGAGUGAACCCACUUGGACCACAAUUAGCCAUGAGAAUAAGGUUGACGUAUUUUGUAUUAGUUAUAUUAUUAUGCAUAGUAUAUAGGGAAAGGAGCCAUCCAAUAAAGAAUACAAACCCUACGUAGGAAGUUUGACAAAAACCACAGACUACUAGACAUAUUAUUGAUUAAGCUUUAGCGCGGGGUAAGUAUGGCCACCAAGCUAGCCACGAGCGAACCAACAAGCUCCAAAAGACAAAGAAAUAAUUAGUGAAAUGAUGAAUGAGUUGAGGGGCCGGAAAUUGAUGAAGUGACGGUCGAGAAUCGCGACGCCCCAACCACCGGAUCGUUUUUGGCAACUCACACAUAUUGUACAACAAACAACGACGGGCCAUGCAUAUAUAUAUAUAUAUACAUAUAUAUAAAGUUGGCGCGUUGUGCGGUUGAGAUUUUAGCCGCCGGCAAAAACGUCGGCCGGCCGGCCUCUCCUUCAUCCAUGCAUCCACGGACCACAUGGGCAUGGCCUCUAGUAUAAUGUAGAAAGGUUUCAUUUUAGGGUUUGUUGCAAAACGUCUUUCCCCUAUGGGUAUGAAGCGGAUAUGAGUAUGGAUUAUUAUUUUUUGUUCGAGUGAUGAGUUUGUAUUUUUGAAAAUAGAGAGGAAGAUGAUAUAGUGGAAUUCGUCAUAUUUCUGUUUACACCUAAAAUUAUUUUUGAUUAAAUUAAAUGCCGCAUUAAUUAGUCUCGGUAUGUAAUUCGAUGCCGCAUAAAAAAAAACAGUGUCGUUUGGAGUCGAGCGGCGUCGUGGAGAGUUAAAAAUACACUGCAAGGAGGCUCAACAACACCGUGGUACUUAAAACGACAUUGUUUAGGGAAAAACAAUGCCGGAUUCACUCGGCCUUUUGGUGUUGUUAUUGGAAAAGGAAUGCUUAUGUUUAUUCCUUGUCGGAAGAGGAGAGAAACGACACCGCGUAGAGACUCGACGGUACCGCGGUGCUGAGAAUUCAGUGAAAACAAUGUCGCGAGCAAGGGCUACGAAUUUAUUCGGGUCCGCGAUGCUGUUGUUGGAGUUGGAAAAGUUUAACGAUGUCGCAAGGCCAAAACAACAUCGCGGAGUUCAACGAGGCCACGAGUUUCGAAUUUGUGUGGUCAACGACGCCGAAGGAUCAACAAUCUAACGACGAGUACGCGGUGGCGAGGGUGAAAUAACAAUGUUGUUUUAGUUGAUGGCGGUGUCGUGAUUCGAACCCUGAUGAUACAAAGUUGAUGUGUGUGCACGUGACUUUUACGCAAGCAAGAUCGGAGAACAAAUGAGAGGCAGUUGGAGACUACAACUUCGUGAAGAAGGAUGUAGCACGUGGGAGAAAAAGGCGAAGCGGUUGCAGAGCGUGAAGACUACAGAAGUCAUUUGAUAAAAUCAACCGUGGAAGGGGAGAGAGGGAACAAAAAAUCAGCACUGAAACACAUCUGUCACGAAUCACUGAUCUGUAGCCUACAGAAUCAAAACAAAAUGGCAUUACGGAUAAAUCGCCCGAAGUAUGUGAUGGUACCCCUUAGGAAUCUGCCAAAAAUUGACCCGGAAUAAAUCCGCCCAAAUUGAUGCUUAAUAGACUCAAUCAUCGUUGGAGAAUAGCCUCAGGCCGAAUCAGUGAUCUGUAGCCUUCAAUAUCCAAUGAAAAUGGCCUUUCGUCGCCCAAGAAAUUAAGAAAAUGCCAUCCGAAAAUAAAUUUGCCCAAAUCGAUGCUUAACGGACUUAUCAUCCGUGGAGAAUAGAAUCAAUAGACUUCAUUAUCGGUGGAGAAUAGCCUCGGCCUGUUUCCGUGAUCUGUAGCCUCCAGAAUCGGAAGUAAAUGGCAUUUCGGAUAAAUCGCCCGAAAUAUGUGAUGGUACCCCUUUGGAAUCUGCCAAAAAUUGACCCGGAAUAAAUCCACCCAAAUCGGUGCUUAAUGGACUCAAUCAUUGUUGGAGAAUAGCCUCAGGCCGAAUCAAUGAUGUGUAGCCUUCAAAAUCCAAUGAAAAUGGCCUUUUUGUCGCCCUAGAAAUUACGAAAAUGCCAUCCGAAAAAUAAAUUGGCCCAAAUCAAUGCUUAACGGACUUAUAACCCUUGUAGAAUAAGAUCAAUAGACUUCAUUAUAAGUGGAGAAUAGCCCCGGCCUGAUUUCGUGAUCUGUAGCCUCCAGAAUCGAAAGAAAAUGGCAUUUCGGAUAAAUCGCCCGAAAUCUGUGAUGGUACCCCUUUGGAAUCUGCCAAAAAUUGACCCAAAAUAAAUCCGCCCAAAUCGAUGCUUAAUGGACUAAAUCAUCGUUGGAGAAUAGCCUCAGGCCGAAUCAGUGAUCUGUAGCCUUCAAUAUCCAAAGAAAAUGGCCUUUCGUCGCCCAAGAAAUUAAGAAAAUGCCAUCCGAAAAUAAAUUGGCCCAAAUCGAUGCUUAACGGACUUAAAAUCCUUGUAGAAUAAGAUCAAUAGACUUCAUUAUAAGUGGAGAAUAGCCUCGGCCUGAUUCCGUGAUCUGUAGCCUCCAGAAUCGAAAGAAAAUGACAUUUCGGAUAAAUCGCAAGAAAUCUGUGAUGGUACCCCUUUGGAAUCUGCCAAAAAUUGACCUGGAAUAAAUCCGCCCAAAUCGGUGCUUAAUGGAAUCAAUCAUCGUUGGAGAAUAGCCUCAGGCCGAAUCAGUGAUCUGUAGCCUUCAAUAUCCAAAGAAAAUGGCCUUUCGUCGCCCAAGAAAUUACGAAAAGGCCAUCCGAAAAUAAAUUUUCCCAAAUCGAUGCUUAACGGACUUAUAAUCCUUGUAGAAUAAGAUCAAUAGACUUCAUUAUAAGUGGAGAAUAGCCUCGGCCUGAUUUCGGGAUUUGGAGCAUCCAGAAUCGAAAGAAAAUGGCAUUUCGGAUAAAUCGCAAGAAAUCUGUGAUGGUACGUACCCGUUUGGAAUCUGCAAAAAAUUGACCCGGAAUAAAUCCGCCCAAAUCGUUGCUUAAUGGAAUCAAUCAUUGAUGGAGAAUAGCCUCAGGCCGAAUCAGUGAUCUGUAGCCUUCAAUAUCCAAAGAAAAUGGCCUUUCGUCGCCCAAGAAAUUACGAAAAUGCAA